GUAAGGAACCCCCUCAUAGAACCAUAUCGUUUAUGUGUGUGCUAAUGUUAUUAUUUUUGUUAUUUGCAUUUCUGUUUUACUGGUCAAAGCCGUGAAUACUGUCAUAAAGGAAAUCAUAAUCUCUGACAGGCGAGAGGCUCGAACCCUGGUUGCUGGGUUUGGAUCCAAUAUAUUUUCUGUCCCAUUCUGGCUUUAACCUCGGUAAACAAGGUUUGAAAUGGCCACUGUGAUAACUUUGACUUUGUGCGCAUAUUUUCUCCCCAGAUGAUUGAGAAACUCUCAAAUUUAUUAGGAAAACAAAACAUAUCUUUGAAAAUGAUGUUUUUAAGGAUGAAUUUGAUGUUCUUUGGGUUAUUGUUAUCGCUAUGCGUGGUUAAAGAAACCCUAGGUAUAAGGCUGUUUGAAGGAGGAGGAAAUCUGGGAAAUAAGGGUUCAGAGGUGAAGGAUCAGCAGUAUAAGAUUACAGUAUUUGCCCUCGGAAGCUUCUGGAGAGGUGAGGCCGCCUUUGGAUGCGUGCCUGGUGUAAUUCGAACCACGGCUGGUUACAGCGGAGGAACCAAGCUUAAUCCUGAGUACAGGCUUUUAGGAGACCAUGCUGAAGCUGUCCAGGUUGAAUAUGAUCCAAAAUUGAUUAGAUAUGAGCAGUUAUUAAAUGUUUUCUGGUCCAAUCAUGAUGCCACUCAAGUUUUUGGACAAGGCCCUGAUGUGGGUGAUCAAUACAGCAGGUCUAUCAUCUUUACUAGUGGGAAUGAUGAGGCUAAGCUGGCUGCACUGAGCAAAGAAAGAGAACAAACUAAAAUAAGGGACAAUUUAGUAACAACACAAAUUCAAGAAUUUGAAACCUUUUAUCCUGCUGAACCUGAACAUCAGAAGUUUGAGCUCAGGCAGAAUUCAUUACUUCUCCAACUCAUUGGAAUGAUGCCUGAAGAGGAGUUUGCAAGGUCCAGUAUGGCUACAAAAUUGAAUAGCUAUGCUGCUGGGAUGUGUGCACCUUCCAUUCGUAAAACCAUUGAUGCCAAGGUCAAUGAUAUUCUCAAAAGCUGGCCAUUGUCACGCCUUUUACAGGAAGUUUGACUUCUGAGUGAGUUCUAAACUUAGGCUCUUUUAAAGCAAGGCUGGUAUGUAAUUUUAUAGUGAAAUGCUUUGUGUACUACAUCAGCUUUUGGUCAGCUAUCAGGUACAUUUCCUCUUAAGUUUUGCUAAUCAUAGUGUCUUACCCAGUUUGUUGGCUCAUCCUUAGUUGAGGAGUGAUUCAUUAUAGCAUUUCUAUUUUUAACUGAUCGUACUCGAAGGUGAGUAUUAUCAAACAACUUGAAUGCAUAGGUCAAAGGCCUUGCAAUUGAGAGUUGCAGAGAAGGCCUCUAUGCAUAUCCAAUCUUGUUCGUCAAUUUAUUAUUACUGAAGUCAAAAUAUCUAAUUUUCUACACAAAGUGGGGGUGCUCAUUUUGAAGUUAUUUUAUCCAA